UCGGCGGUGUAUUACCUCUGCCUGGCUUUUUCAGGUGGACUUUCUCAGCAGAUCUCAGUGCUUGGGGGCGAGGAAGGGGUAUUGGAGGCGGAGGAUGAAGAGCAGGAAGUCUUUGGAAAUAACUCUGCUGAAGCCUAUUUGAUUCAGACUGAGGUGAAGGUCAUUUUAAUUUUGGAGGAGAAUGGAGGCACAGAGUUUGAGGUAACUUUCUCGAGGUUAGCCAGGAAUCCAGUUCAGGCCCUGGGUACCAGAAACAAUAAUCUUAACCACUGUGCUGCCAUUAUAAUAAUGGUUACGCUUACACAGCACUUGCUGUAUGCCAAGCAUUGUUCUGAGUGGUUUAUGUAAACUAACUCAUUUGAGCCUCACAAUAAAACUAGGAGGUAGGUACUGUUGAUAUCCCCAUUUUAAAGAUAACACUGGAGCCCUGAGGGGUGUAAGUAACUUGCCUAAGACCACGUAUCUUGCGAGUGUAGGAAUGGGGAUUCACAGUCAGAGUCAGGCUCCGGAGUCCAGGCACUGCACCCCCGUCCAAGGCGGCCUCUGCAGCUGAAGCACCACCCCUCCCUUGUUGGUCCUUUUCACUCCCACAUCCACCCUUCCCUUUCCUGAGAAAUAACUUCUUCCCCCAACUUUCAGUCCCUGCACAAGAAACCUCAGGGCUAUCUAAAACUACCCCUCCUCUCUUCGGUUGGUGACCAAACCAGUUCCAAGAGCUUACUUAGCAUUCGUUCAGCUUUGGCUGCAUGUUAGGCCCAGUGCCAAGUGCUUCCAAUAGGAGUGAAGAAAAUAUUUGGAAGCUCUGUGAAUACAUCAAAAACCACGACCAAUAUCCUUUAGAAGAAUGUUAUGCUGUCUUCAUAUCUAAUGAGAGGAAGAUGAUACCUAUCUGGAAACAACAGACGAGACCUGGAAAUGGACCUGUGAUCUGGGAUUAUCAUGUUGUUUUGCUUCAUGUUUCAAGUGGAGGACAGAGCUUUAUUUAUGAUCUCGAUACUGUCCUGCCGUUUCCCUGUCCCUUUGACACUUAUGUAGAAGAUGCCUUUAAGUCUGAUGAUGACAUUCAUCCGCAGUUCAGGAGGAAAUUUAGAGUGAUCCGUGCAGAUUUAUAUUUGAAGAACUUUGCUUCUGACCGAUCUCACAUGAAAGACUCCAGUGGAAACUGGAAAGAGCCUCCUCCACCAUAUCCCUGCAUUGAAACCGGAGAUUGCAAAAUGAACUUGAAUGAUUUUAUCAGUAUGGAUCCUGAGGUAGGAUGGGGAGCUGUGUACACGCUGUCUGAAUUUGCACAUCGGUUUGGCAGUAAAAACUACUGAACUUGACAUCGGGAUGCGGAACUGUGGAGAAAUUCUAGGACAUGGACAAUCUAUCCCUUCAUUUAGGACAGCAAACGUGGUACACUUGGCUUAGAAUUAUGUUUUUCCCUUUUAACUCACUUGAGCAGAAACAUGAAUGAACACAAAUAUAAAGGAACUAAAUAAAAACUUUUUUUGAUACAUUAAGUUGAAACUUGAUAAAGUAUAUAAUUGCUGAGAUACUAUAAGCCAGCGAUUGCUCUUAUUAAGUUAGAGGCAGCUCCUCAUCUCUGUUUUGGAUGUCUCAUGUCUCUCCAGCCACACUGUAAGCUCCUUGAGGGCAGGGCUGUGGCUCAGUGCUCUGUGAAUCUCUAAUGCUCUUAAACGGGGCCCUUAAUGUUUUCUAGUGACUGUGCUACUGCUUGAAAAGGGGUAAUAUUGUGAGCUGAAUCAGCAAUAAGUAUUAGUCUUUUUGGAUUAUGAUGUUGUUAAAAAGAUUGCAGCCCUCUCAGGCUUGAGUGUUAUUUGGCCUGUUUAUAUAUGGUUUUAAAUAAAAUUGAUUUAAAAUUC